UAUAGACAGCAUCUCACACAGUGUACUCUGCACUGUAUCCACAUAGACAGCAUCUCACACAGUGUACUCUGCACUGUAUCCACAUAGACAGCAUCUCACACAGUGUACUCUGCACUGUAUCCACAUAGACAGCAUCUCACACAGUGUACUCUGCACUGCUCCCAUCCCACCCACCAUACAUUGUAUCUAUUUAUACAGCAUCCCACCCACUGCUUCCGAUCCUUUACAAAGACUACCAGCAACAAGCCAUGAUCAGCUUCCAAGCUCCUUACUUUCACACCAUAACUGACAAAAUGGAAGUGCCUGAGAAACAACCAAAAGGAAGAUUUUCUUGGAACGCCAAUACGGAGAAAGUGGAUUUUGAAGCAGUCGAAGCUCUCAUGUACAUGAGUAGCCGCUGGAAGUCAGAGCCCAAACGGUAUACCGAAAUGAGGCCCAUCACUCCAGCAUCGGACCUGUCAGAAAAUGAAGACAGCCUAAUGGCAAACCCACCAGAAUAUAAUACAGUCUCUGCUUUUUGCCUGACCCCACCUUACAGCCCUUCUGAGUUUGAGAUGUCUCCUCAACCCAUGUCUCCAGUUCCACUGUCUGAAAACUGCAGGCCUUUCACAAGUGUGGCCCACAAUAACAUGGGCAAUAGUUCAUCAGACUCUAAACAUUCCACCACAUCGGUGCAGAAAGCUCAGGUGACAAGUGUGAUCCGGCACACAGCAGAUGCCCUGCACUACAGCCAUGCUCACAUGUCCACAAAUAUUUGCAAAGACAAUCCUGUGAACAAAGUAGCUCCGCAAAAAGAGGAACCUUUGAAGAAAAAAUUGCUGGUUUCAGUUGUAGCUCCACUCCCAAAAGCAAAUCCAGAGAGGGAAAUGUGUGAAAAUGAAAAUAUUAAGAUGGAGACACAAUCAUCUUCCUUCCAGCAAGUACAGAAUGCUACUCUCCGCUAUAAUAACUGUAAACCGUGUCAGCCUGAUGCUAACUUUCUUCCAGUGCAAGCCCAUUCUCCCCAGCUGUUGAUUCCUCCACCAGUAGCUACAAAUGGUGUUUCUGUCGCCCAAAUGCCCGUCUUUUGUCAGAUGGUUCCGAUCUCCUCUAGCAAACCUGUAGUUACUACGGUGGUUGCAAACUCACAGCCAGCUACAGGCCAGACCGUAAUGCAGCCUUUGUUUUACAUGGGGACACAGAUGCCUAAAGGAACCGUGAUGUUUGUAAUGCCACAGCCAGUUUUACACAAUGCAAAGACUCUCCUGACCAGUGGUACCAGGCUAUCACCCAUUGCUCCAGCCCCUGGUAUUGCACCUCCUGAAACAAAGGUCUCCAUCCACACAGAUAGCUCCCGCAUCAGAAGUCAUGUCUGCAGUCACGCUGGGUGCGGGAAGACGUACUUCAAAAGCUCCCACUUAAAGGCACACAUGAGAACACACACAGGAGAAAAGCCUUUUAGCUGUAGCUGGGAAGGUUGUGACAGAAAAUUUGCUCGCUCUGAUGAACUGUCCCGUCACCGUAGAACACACACCGGUGAAAAGAAGUUUGCGUGUCCAAAAUGCGAUAGGCGUUUUAUGCGUAGUGAUCAUCUAACCAAGCAUACAAGGCGCCACCUGUCAACCAAAAAGAUGCCUACAUGGCAGAUGGAAGUUAGUAGGUUGAGCGAGAUUGCGGUCCCACAAGCCUCGGCACCUGUUCAGUGAACACCAGAUACAAAAUCACCUUGCAACUAAGUGUUCUGGGCACGUUCUGAGGCCGAAACCUGGAUGUUAAAUCACAUGUACUCCGACUCGUGAUAGUGAGUAUGGUAAAGACUACAUUAACAAGAAGGAAAUGGAAUUGGUGAAGAAAUGGAAGCCUGCACCAGGUAUCUUCGAUGACGACUUGGAUUCCUGAGUACAUUGCACUGAAGAAGACAGAAAAAUGUAGUUGAUUUUGGUGUUUCCGAACAUCAAGACGUGGUGUAGUCUGAUUACCAUUCAAACCGUUUAAGCAGUCUCUGUUAGUGGAGCUGUCAAGGCUUUUAAUACUAUGUCUUGCUAGCUUAAAAAGGUAUGAAAAUGUCUUGUUAGCAGCUAGUGCAGGAUGCACUGGGUGGUCUUUUUUCCUAGAGUAGGCUGAGCAAAAUAUGCCUAUAACGUUGCAGAUAAUGUAACCAUUACAAGCCCAAUUCCUGUGUAUCCACACAGAUUUCUAGGCUGCCAAGUAUUCCGUGCUCAACAAUCCGUCUUUAUAAAAUCAUCUGCACCAGACAUUUUGUUACAUCUGCCUGCUAACGUAUAUAUAUAUAUAUAAAUAACACUGUCGUUAAGCAUAAAAUGAAUAUCUGCGAUGUUGUUGAUGCAUAUUUAUAUUAAUGCAGACUUGCAACAACAGCUGUUGAAAGAUAAGACACUUCAGUAUAGUGUGUUAUCUUAUCACUAAAGAAAUCUGUUUAUUAAUGUUUGCAAUUAUUUAUAACAUGUUCAUUGCUAAUUCUCCAACUCAAAACGAAGUUUCAAAUAGAAAUUCUGUUUUGAUUUGCACAAAUGGUGGACUUGUGUUUUUUUUUUUUUUUUUUUAUUCCAUGCCAAAACUUGAUUUUAGUAUGGAUAAGCACUUUGAAAAUCAAUUAAUCAAAUAUUCUCUGCUUUCUAAACCUCCCUGCAAACUGCCCCCCCCCC